AUGGAUGUCACAGCGAUAGAUGAGCUCCAACAAAUUCUGCCUAUUGAACAGCUGCGCUCUACUCACGCUAGCAAUGAUUAUGUGGAACGGCCUCCAGCACCCUGUAAACAAACUCUUUCCAGCCCUUCUCUUAUUGUGCAAACCCACAAGUCUGAUUGGUCCCUGGCUACCAUGCCUACUGCUCUCCCACGCAGUAUCAGCCAGUGCCAUCAGCUGCAUCCCCUGCCUCAGCAUCUGAGCCAAUCUAGCAUUGCCAGCUCAAUGUCCCAAAGCACCACUGCCUCUGAUCAAAGGCUCUUGGCCAGCAUUACACCCUCUCCUUCAGGCCAGUCCAUCAUCAGAACCCAGCCUGGAGCAGGGGUCCACCCAAAAGUCGAUGGUGCUCUGAAGGGAGAAGCUGAGCAAGGAUGUGUAGGUCAUCCCAGUGAUCACCUCUUUAUCUGCGAAGAGUGUGGGCGCUGCAAGUGUGUCCCCUGCACAGCGGUUCGCCCUCUGCCCUCCUGCUGGAUGUGCAACCAGCGUUGCCUUUGCUCUGCUGAGAGCCUCCUUGAUUAUGGCACUUGCCUCUGCUGUGUCAAGGGCCUCUUCUAUCACUGCUCCACUGAUGAUGAAGACAACUGCGCUGAUGAGCCCUGCUCCUGUGGGCCUAGCUCCUGCUUCAUUCGCUGGGCAGCCAUGAGUCUCAUCUCCCUCUUCUUACCCUGCCUGUGCUGCUACCUGCCUACCCGUGGAUGCCUCCAUCUGUGCCAGCAGGGCUAUGAUAGCCUCCGUAGACCAGGCUGCCGCUGUAAGAGGCACACCAACACUGUGUGCAGAAAAAUCUCUUCUAGUAGCUCACCCUUCCCCAAGGCCCAGGAAAAGUCUGUAUGA